AUGAGACCCAGCUCUAGACCGAAAUCUUCGUACUCUCACGAUGCCGCCUCUAAUGUCGCCUCUUCCAAACUCAUCUCAUUAUAUCGACCGCUCAUCACACCAGUCAUCUCGUACAACGCAAGACUCCUCAUCGAAUCUGGAUCGGAACUCUCGUUCAUCUCUGAAGACUUCUCAAGACAGCUCAGCCUUCCUCGAAGCCAAUCCAAAGUCACCAUCGUUGGAAUUGGUGGAGCCGCCUCAAGAUCAAGAGGAUCAGUAUUGAUCACACUGAAAUCUCUUCACAAUCACAUAACCGUGAAUAUAAAUGCUCAUAUCUUGUCAUCUCCAUUUACUAAUCUACCAUCUUUCAAUUGUUGCACACAACCACGUUUGCCACACCUCGACAAUUUGAAGCUCGCCGAUCCAGAAUUCUACACCGCAAGGCCAAUCGACAUCAUAUUGGGUGCUGAUGUCUAUGGUUCCAUCAUUCUUCCUCAACUCCGAAAAGGGCCAGAUGGGUCAACUCCAACAGCUCAGCUCUCGAUCUUUGGAUGGUUGGUCCUAGGUCCAAUAUGCCCUCAUCAAGAAGUCUGCUCAAGUGUGUCUCCUCAAUACCAUGCCACUCAAGAAUCUGACCUUCAAAGCCUUCUCGAAAAGUUCUGGGAACAAGAAGAAGUCAAGACCACCUCCGUAAGUCACCUCACUGCUGACGAGCAGGAAUGUGAAGACCACUUCAAGACCACUCACUCUCGACUUCCUUCUGGACGAUACAUGACAACGUGCCUUCCGAUGCCUCCAAGGACAAUUUCGCAAGUUCGAGGGAAACCAAGAAUAUUGCCAGCUCUACACGGACUUCCUCACUGAAUACGAACAACUCAAGCACAUGAAGAAGGCUCCCUCAGACAUCUCGCAUCCCAGAUACUAUUUGCCGCAUCAUGGAAUUCUCAAACCAGACAGCUCCUCCACCAAAUUGCGAGUAGUGUUCAAUGGUUCCAGUCCCACCUCAACAGG